AUGGCUCUGCACAAAACUCCCCCAAAUAGCAGGGGGUACUAUGUUAAGAUGAAGCUCCUUCACAAACAUGGCAGGCCUCAUCACCAGCAAGAAAAAAACUGCUUUCACAAAUACUACAAAUGGGUCCUCUGGCUUUCUCUUUCCCUUUAUUUCUUUACUUCCUACCUCAUCAGCAACAACAACCACACCAAACAACCAUCUCACGACAAAACAACCCAUGUCUCGAGAACCCUUAUUGAAUCAAACAACACAGCUCCUCCGCAAUCUUUAAACUCUCUAGGGUCCCUGAAAAACUUGAAGGUGUUUGUGUACGAUCUUCCUCCGAAGUACAACACGGAUUGGUUAUCGAACGAGAGGUGCAGCAAACAUUUGUUUGCGUCAGAGGUUGCCAUUCACAGGGCUUUGUUGACCAGCGAGGUGCGCACGUUUGACCCUUACGAAGCUGACUUUUUCUUCGUCCCCGUUUACGUCUCUUGCAACUUCAGCACCGUCAACGGCUUCCCCGCGAUUGGUCACGCGCGCUCCCUCAUCGCGUCUGCGGUCAACCUCCUUUCCUCGGAGUACCCCUUCUGGAACCGGAGCAGGGGCUCCGACCAUGUCUUUGUCGCCUCGCAUGAUUUCGGCUCGUGUUUCCACACGCUGGAGGACGUGGCGAUGGCUGAUGGCGUGCCAGAAAUUAUGAGAAACUCGAUCGUGUUGCAGACGUUUGGCGUUGUGUACGAUCACCCUUGCCAGAAGGUUGAGCACGUAGUGAUUCCGCCGUACGUUUCGCCGGGAACCGUACGGGAGACGAUGGAAAACUCUGCGGUGAACGGACGGCGAGAUAUUUGGGUUUUCUUCCGAGGGAAGAUGGAACUUCAUCCCAAGAACGUUAGUGGACGAUUUUACAGCAAGAAAGUGAGGACUAUGAUAUGGCGAAAGUUCAACGGUGACCGGAGGUUUUACCUGCAGAGACACAGGUUUGCCGGUUACCAGUCGGAGAUUGCACGUUCGGUGUUUUGUCUGUGCCCAUUGGGGUGGGCCCCGUGGAGUCCGAGGCUGGUAGAGUCCGUUGCAUUGGGUUGCGUGCCAGUAGUUAUAGCGGACGGUAUCCGGUUGCCGUUUCUCUCCGCCGUGAAGUGGUCGGAGAUAUCGAUUACGGUGGCGGAGAGUGACGUGGGGAGGCUGGCGGAGAUACUCGAGCGCGUGGCGGCGACGAACCUGAGCACGAUUCAAAAGAAGCUGUGGGACCCAGCGACAAGGAGGGCACUACUUUUUAACAGCCAGGUUGAGGAAGGGGAUGCCACGUGGCAGGUGCUACGUGCUUUGAGCGAAAAGAUUGAUAGGUCCUAUAGGGGUUCAAGGGUUUCACGCCAAUUAGAUUUUGACACGUAA